CAAUGUUUAUCAUUGACUAGGUUAUUCUGUUCUUGCUAUUCAAAUAAUUUAUUAUUUAUGACAAUGUUGGAAGUGCUAUCAAAAGAAUCACUUAAAAGGAUGUGCGGAUUAAACACGGAUAUAACCGAAUACCUGAUCCAGGAACUAACAGAGAUUCCUGAUAAAAGAUUAGAAAGAAUCGCGUCUAUUCAGUAUAUUGCCAGAUAUACACAGGUUGAGAAUGAAAUAUUUCCACGGUAUAGUUUUAUUAAUAGUCGCUCAAUGCUCUUUUGGAGAGUAUCUUUCCUUUGAGGUGAAACAUUUUCUUCCUGGGGGCAUUGUGGACCACGAGAUAAAUGAUCAUAAAAUCUUCAACGACCUCGCAAACAUACUAAAGACUAUAACUCCAAAUGAACUGAAAAAAGAAAAUGGAAUGAUAUUGGUAAAACUCACAAAAGCUCAGUCACAAGUCGUUCGAGGCAUACGUUGGAUUUACGAAUUUGAAGCAAUAGGCUUGUCAAGCAAUAUUCUCUACUCCUGCAAGCUGGUGUUGUUGAAACCAAUUCGGAUAUCGGCUUCUGACUAUGUGAACUACUUUCAUUGCAACAAAUUGAAUAAUAAACAUUUAGAAAAUUGAGAACUUAUAGAGAAAAAAUAAUCAAUAAGAAAAAAUAAACUUUUGCAUGACUU